UGACCGGCAAAAUGAGCAAAAAAGAAGCCGACGACCGCUUCUCGAAACUGACCAGUGACCCGAGGUUUCGGACCUACCGAAAGGUGGACAAGAAGCUGAAGGUUGACAGCCGCUUCAAGAGCAUGUUCACUGAGAACAAGUUCAAGCUGAAGUAUUCGAUGGACAAGCGAGGCAAAAAUAAGAAACACCUAAUUUCAGACGACUACAAAAAGUUCUACCGACUUUCCGAUGAGGAAGAUGCUGAACAGAAGGACGCUGAACAGGAGAAACAUGAAACUGGUGACGCUCCUUCAACAAAGGAAAAACAAAAUGGGAAAGCAGCAGAAAAGAAUCUAGAGGACAAAGAUGAGGAGGUGGAGCCUUUAGCGGAGAGAAAACUGACCCACAAAAUCGAGGAGGCCACCAGUAGAAUCGCCAUCUGCAAUGCCGACUGGGACCGCAUCAACGCGCAGGACCUCUUUGUGCUGCUGAACUCCUUCAAGAAGGCCACCGGUGACAUACACUACGUGCGCAUCUACUACUCCAAAUUUGGCGAAGAGCGCCUAAAGGUGGAGGAGAUGAAGGGCCCGUCGGAGUUCAUCUUUGGAAAGGCCACCAACAUCGAGGAGAUUAAAGACGAGGAGGAGAAGGAGCACUCGGAAAAUGAAGAUAAGGAUUCAGACGAUGAUAAGGAAAGCGACGAUUCGGAAGACGAAGAAGAGGAAGAGGAAGGGGACGCUGAGGCUGCCGAUCCAAAGGCCGUUGAGAAGCUGCGAAAGUACCAACUUGAGCGUCUUAAGUACUUUUACGCCGUCGUCGAGUUUGACUCACCGGAGACGGCGGAGGUAGUGUACAACGAACUGGACGGCCUGGAGUACGAGACCAGCUCCACCACGCUGGACAUUCGAUUUGUGCCCGAGGAGAUGGACUUUGAGGACGUGAAGCUGAAGGAGGAGUGCACCUCGAUGCCCGAUCAGGCCAGCUACCAGGCGCCCAACUUUGUGAACAGUGCCCUGCAGCAGAGCCACGUCACGCUGACUUGGGACGAAACUGACCACCGGCGAAAGACGGCUUUUGAUAAGGCCUUCGAGAAGGAGGGCAACGAGGACGACCUGAAGGCCUAUCUGGCGACGUCCUCUUCUGAAGAAGAGGAUGACGAGGUGGCCGAGAUUGACGAUGACCUGAAGGACGAGGAGAAGAUCAACAAGUACAAGGACCUGCUGAAGUCGCUGGACAAGAAGGACGACGAUGACGUGGAGAUGGAGGUCACCUGGGAUCCCUCGCUGAAGGCGAAUGCCGAAAAUCGAAUCAACAAAAAGGGAGGUGAUGCGUCUAAGGCUUCAGCUACCAAUAAGCCGAAUGACGACGACUACUCUGCCGAUUCGGAGGACAACGAUGAAGAGGAGGAGGCGGACGCUACAAUUGAGGACAAUCAGGAUGAUCAGCUGGUGAGCAGCGACUCGGAGGCAGAGAAGAAGGCAGAAAAGAGCAGCAAAGACGCCUCCAAGGACAAGUACAAAAAGUGGAAGAAGAAGCGGGCGGCGAAGAAGGCGGCGGCUGAGGCGGCUGCCAAGGGCGCCAACUCCGAGGACGCCUCCAAUUUGGAGCUCCUCAUGGUGGACCUGGGCGGCGGAGGAGACAAGGGCGACAGGAAGCACUUCAAUUACAAGGAAAUUGUGGAGAACUACAGCAAAAAGGGAAAGUCAAAGGAUGCGACUGCUGCUGAUCAGCCCAAGGACUCAUUCAAGUUUGACGCUGAUGACCCUCGCUUCGGAGCCAUCUUCACCUCGCACCUCUACAACGUCGACCAGUCAGAUCCGAGCUUCAAGAAGACGGAAGCCUUUGAUCAGAUUCUCAACAAGCGAACAAGUAAGGCGGCGGCGCUGAUCAAGGAUGAGAAGAGUGCUGUCGCGCAAAUGGAAAGUGCCAAACCAGCCAAAAAUGCUGCUAAAUCGUGGAGUAGUCUGGCGAAUCGGGUGAAGAGUAAAGCUGCAUCUGCUGCUGUCGCCAAUGACCGAAAGCGGACAUUGACGAAAGCAGAAGUACAACAGAAUAUCACUUGCUAA